AUGGAGAGAAAACGAAAGUUGCCGGCACGAGGUGCCGCUCGGUUUGAUCACGUCUCCAAAAAACGAAACUCAACGCCCCCGGAGCGACCUCUUACACAGGCACCGCCGGUUCCGAUUCCAGUACCAUCCGACAACGUUCCUGACGAGCCGUCAUUGCCAAAGGCUGUUCAAGCCGGCAAUCCGCUGCCGACCGUGGAGCACCCACAACCCGAUGACCUCCCCAGCAAGGAUUACCAGUCCAUCCAAGAAAGCGGUGUCUUAGCUGAAUCUCUGUCAAGAUCGCGGCAGAAGUGGAUCCACGAAGGUGUGUUCGAGAGAUAUUGGACGAAGCCUACGAAGCGGAAAGGUCUCGUCAAGGAAGAACCCAACAACCCCUCCAAGGACAGCAUGGUAAAAAUAGGCCAGGCCACAAUUAUUGUCGAACCUCAAGUUCUUGAGGCUACUCUGUAUGCUGUUAAGGAUCCGAAGUCUACCUCAACCACCAAAUCUAUUGUUCGGCCUAUCAUGCAGUAUGGUCCCCCCAAUGGCAUCAUGCCCCCCCCUCCGAAGCCAGGCGUGUCCAGUGUAGCUGCGCCGUCUGCCUCGGCUUCGCCUACCUCAUCAACUCAACCAGCAACCCAACCGUCAGCCGCGGCGCAAGAUCAAGUUCAGGCCCAACCUCAAUCGCAACCGUCCUCUAUGCAAGCCCACGCACAGGAUUCACAGGACCCCUCUUCCUCAACCAUGACCCAUAAGCCUACGGCUUCUCCUCGAGGCUUGGAGUCCGUUCUCGCCGCUCCUCACCAUCCACCAUGUCCCCCUUCCACAACUGGUUCCCAACUGAAUGGGCCUUCAACGCCUGGCGUAAAUACAAACCGGCCAUUGCACGUGCAUAGCCCAGCCGCCACCACAACCACCCACAGGUCGGCCGUUCCUACAGGGACUAAGUCCUCUACAACGACUACGAAGUUGGCAACGCCCACAGCGCCUGGCGCUGACCCCAUAAUAGUGACCUUGGCUGAGAGGGCCUCUGAAGACCCUCAGCUUAGGGAUCUGAUGAAGCGUGUUGCCAUCGGAGAUGCCGCACCAAAUGAAUUAGCUCAUUUUCAAAAGAUCAUCGAUCAGAUUACUGCCGACUAUAAGAGAAAGGGAGGUCAACAUGGACCGUCGGCGGAUCGACUCAUUGUAGAUGGACGGACGGUCAAGUAUUUCGCCGAUGAGGUUCGAACUAUACUGGACAUCGUCCUUACAUCUAAUUCGCAGCAGAGGUCAAGCGAUCUAAGGGUGCCGCCUGGGAGUGACCCGUUAGUAAUUCUUCUCGUGAAGAAGGCGUUAGACGAACCGAGCACGAGGGACAUUAUCCGGCGGAUAGCCGAAGGAAAGACCCGGUUCACUGACACGACUGAUUUGAAGUCGAUUCUUGACAGGUUGAAGGAACUUGUCAAAGGACCAACGAAACUUCAGACCACAACGACGGGGUCCUCUCAGACCAUUCCUACGAAGAGCUCAGAAGGCCCUACAUCGACACAUGGUGCUACCUCGCGGAAGCUAUCCCUCGCCCCGUCUGGACAACCCAUCCAUGCUACUACAACCCAGCAGGCCCUGCGGUCAAAGGGGCCCCCGCCCUGUGUAAAACCCGAUAUAUCAGCCAUCGUACUCGAAUUUUCUGGUGGCACCGGAGACAGAUAUCUAUUCCCGAGAUACAGCAUUCUUGAAUACACCAGUCCCACCCAAGUUGUCGCAUCCUUCCUCAUCAUACGAAGAGGGAGUAAAUUAGAAAUCGGGGGCGAUCCAACAUUAGACUUCUAUCAGCCCAUGACAAUCCGAAUGCAUGCGCAAUCAGCUAAGCAUCUAGAAAUCUUAACGAGGGUUGUCGCACCCAGAGAAGACGUACAGCGAUACAUGGAUGAUGUCAUGAACAACACAACUCGCGCCGAAUACGUGCUACUCGCAAUGCGUUUACCGAGGGCAGAUAAGGAGGAUCUGGGUGAGGAUGGCACCAGCACACCAAAGACUGACCCAGCAAACCAAACCCAGCAACCUGGAGUGCUGUGGGUGACUAAGACAUCUUCUACUGCAACACCACCGCAGAGGCCUAUGGUGAGGCCACUGGGUGAGGAUGAGCAGUAUCGUACCUUCAUCACUACUAUCAGUUAGCGAGGGCGCGGGCCGGGUAGUUACCAGAUCGGCUCAAGCCAGAGCUACUAAGUGCCAAUAUCGACCCAGCAACCUGAAGUCUAGAUCAAGAAAGAAAGAGUGCAAGGGGGGUGUUGAGAUGUGUCGUGUGAGGUACUAAAUCUAUGGAAUAGGUUAGUCGUUCGAAAGCGGGGGGCGAGAAUUAGUUGAACAGUCAUAUAACCUACUAAGUUAAGAGGUAUGAACGUUCGAUUAACUCCUCCCCCCUCCCCCCCCCAAAAAAGCAACUAUUGCGUGUAUGUAAACAGGCGCCAUAUCUUUAUCCUCGCAUGCGAAGACACGUUCGUUGUACACUCGCUACCCGUCGGUACCUAGAUGUUAGCCUGCGGGUCACGCUACAUUAUCACUCGGGGCAGAUGGCGAUACUCGUGUUUUGAAAGGGGUUCAUAGGACACCCUACAACCGUUCUCGAAUACUCUGUAAACGCA